UCUGGUCUGGCAGCCCCACUAAAUUAUUUGUUAAAAAGAAAGCAUGCGCUGCUACUACGAGGAGCUCGAGCUCCAAAGGGACGCCAACGAUGGGGACAUCAAGACCGCGUACCGCAAAAUGGCCCUGCGCUGGCACCCGGACAAGAACCCCGACCGGCUGGCGGAGGCCAAGGAUCGCUUCCAGCUGAUCCAGCAGGCGUACGAAGUGCUCUCCGACCCGCAGGAACGCUCCUGGUACGACAACCACCGCGAGCAGAUCCUGCGCGGCAAGAACUCCGAGUACACGGAGAACAGCCUGGACGUGUUCCAGUACUUCACCAGCUCCUGCUACAAGGGCUACGGCGAUGACGAGCAGGGCUUCUACCGCGUGUACACGGAAGUCUUCGUCCAGAUCGCCGCGGAGGACAUGGAGUUCAUGGACGAGGACGACCGGCUGGGGAUGGCGCCGGACUUCGGCCACGCGAACAGCAGCUACGAGGAGGUGGUGGGUCCUUUUUACGCCUUCUGGCAGGCCUACACCACACGCAAAACCUACGAGUGGUUGUGCCCGUACGACGUGCGCGAGAUUAAGGAGCGCUUCAUCCUGCGCAAGGUGGAAAAAGAGAUGAAGAAGAUCGUCCAGGCUGCGCGCAAGGAGCGGAACGAAGAGGUUCGGAACCUGGUAAACUUUGUGAGAAAGCGUGAUCGCAGAGUUCAGGCAUACCGGCGCGUGCUCGAGGAACGCGCCGAGGCCAAUCGAUUAAAGCAGGAGGAGAAGCGCAAGGAGCAGUUGAGAAAGCGCCAGGAGGAACUGGCUGCCGUGAGGGAAAAUAAAGUCUUUAACGAGGGCUACGAGGAGCAGCUGAAGCAGUUAGAACAGCAGUACGGCAGUGAGUCGGACGAGUUCACGGAUGAAGACGAGGACGAAGAGGACGGCGAGGAUUCGGACAACGAAGGUGAUCCGGAUGCCGAGAAAUUCGAAGUGGAAUAUGUGGACGAUCUGUACUGCGUGGCGUGUAACAAGACAUUUAAAAACGCCAAGGCGCGUGCAAAUCACGAGGAGAGCAAAAAGCACAAGGAGAAUGUCGAACGAUUGUGCCAAGAAAUGGAGGAGGAGGAGGAGGCUUUCAACGACGCAUCCCACGAAGACAGUUUGAUUGGCGUAGAGGAGGACCUAGAGGAGUUCCAAAUCGCUGACGAUCAGUUAUCCGGCGAAGAGGCACUGAGCGAAGAGGAAUCUGCACUCACCAAGCGCAGCAAAAAGAAUAAAAAGUCAAGGAAAUCAGCUGCCAAGCCAGCGCAAGAGGAAGUCAGCGAUGGCCCAGACGAACCCAUAGAGCUGAAGGCAACCAAGAGCGAAUCAGAAGACGAAGACUGGAGUAAAGGCAAGAAGGCAGCCAAAAAGAGUAAAAGCAAAAAGUCGUCGGCGAGCAGGGUAAAGCCCGCAGAGCAAUCUGCUUCGGAACCCAUCCCAAAAGAGGCCAAAGCGACUCCAAGAAGCGGAGAUGAAGAUCUCGACCCGACCAAGCCGCAACACACUUGCGUCACCUGUAGGCUUGUCUUUGACUCUAAGAAUAAGCUGUUUGCCCACCUAAAGAAGACAAACCAUGGCGUAUAUAUACCCAAGGCCAAACCAGACGUCGAGGGAAAGCCUCCUGGCAAAGCCAAGGGCAAGCGCAACAAGUAGAUCAGAGGGAGAACCCAGCGUCAUCUGUAUCCAUACUGUAGAAAAGUUAGAAGUUUAUUUAUGCUAAAGUUAAUUCAAGAAUGAAGUUAAGUAUGCUCGCUCUAA